GCCUGGGUCGAUGCGGUGGUGUUUGUCUUCAGCCUGGAGGACGAGAUCAGCUUCCAGACGGUCUACAACUACUACCUGCGGCUCUGCAGCUACCGGAACACAGCGGAGGUGCCGAUGGUGCUGGUGGGCACGCAGGAUGCCAUCAGCGCCACGAAUCCCCGGGUCAUUGACGAUUCUCGGGCGCGGAAGCUUUCCAAUGAUUUGAAACGCUGCACGUACUACGAGACCUGUGCCACCUACGGACUGAACGUGGAGAGAGUCUUCCAGGACGUGGCUCAGAAGGUGGUGGCUCUACGGAAGAAGCAGCAGCUUUCCAUCGGUCCCUGCAAGUCCCUGCCCAAUUCACCCAGCCAUUCGUCUGUCUCUGCGGCCUCCAUUCCUUCUGUUCAUAUCAACCAGGCCACCAACGGUGGAGGAGCCUUCAGUGACUACUCCUCCUCCGUGCCCUCCACGCCCAGCAUCAGCCAGCGGGAGCUGCGGAUUGAGACCAUUGCUGCCUCCAACACACCCACCCCUAUCCGCAAGCAGUCGAAGCGGCGCUCCAACAUAUUCACGGUAACACACGGGGCGCUCCCGGACCGAGGGGUGAAAGGUCUGCAAAGCAGGUGCGACACAGUUUCGUCCGGCUAAGCGGCCGUAAUUAAAAGGGGUAUUCUCCUCAAACGCAGUGGCAAGUCUCUCAACAAAGAGUGGAAGAAGAAGUACGUGACACUGUGUGACAACGGAGUCCUCACCUACCACCCCAGCUUGCAUGAUUACAUGCAGAAUGUCCAUGGGAAGGAAAUCGAUCUGCUGAGAACUACAGUGAAGGUACCGGGCAAGAGGCUACCCAGGGCGACAACGGCAGCAGCACCCAGCGCUAGCCCCAAAGCCAACGGGCUCGCGAAGGAGAGGAGCAGCACACAGCUGACGGGAGGCACAGGUGCUCCCCACUCAACCAGCAGUACCUCCCUGCACUCGGAGCGCUCCAUCAGCGGCAUCAACCUGGUAGGCUUCAGCUCAAAGCCAGACGGCAUGCACCAGCGCUCCUACUCCGUCUCCAGCGCGGACCAGUGGAACGAGGCCGUGGCUGUCCCUGGCAGCUGCCCCAACCCCUCUAACGGUACUGCCGAUUCUCUCAGCUCAAGCCCGAACAUUUCCAGUGCUGCCAGCCCGAAGCUGGAGCCGCCUCCAUCACCACAUGCGAACAGGAAGAAGCAUCGCAGGAAAAAGAGCACAGGGACGACUCGGCCUGAUGGCCCCAGCACGGCAGCAGAAGAACCAGAUGAGCCAUUUGAGUUCAUUAUCGUGUCCCUGACGGGCCAGACGUGGCUCUUUGAGGCCUCAACGUCAGAGGAGCGAGAACUUUGGGUCCAGGCCAUCGAGAGCCAGAUCCUGGCCAGCCUGCAGGGCUGUGAGAGCAGCAAAAAUAAGGCUCGGCUGGGCAGCCAGAGCGAUGCACAGGCCAUACAGGCCGUCCGCACCGCACGUGGGAACAGCUUCUGUGUGGACUGCGAUGCACCGGGUCCGGACUGGGCAAGUCUAAACCUGGGCUCCCUCAUGUGCAUUGAGUGCUCCGGGAUCCAUCGCAACUUGGGCACCCACCUGUCCCGUGUGCGCUCGCUGGACCUGGAUGACUGGCCUAGUGAGCUUCUGAUGGUCAUGACGGCCAUUGGCAACGCCCUGGCCAACGCUGUCUGGGAAGGAGCGGUGGAAGGCUACCCCAAGCCCACCCCUGAGAGUAGUCGGGAGGAGAAGGAGCGCUGGAUCCGGGCCAAGUAUGAGCAGAAGCUCUUCCUGGCUCCGCUGCCCCAGUCGGACAUCCCGCUGGGGCAGCAGCUGCUGCGGGCUGUCGUGGAGGAUGACCUGCGCCUCGUGGUGACGCUCCUGGCCCAUGGCACCAAGGAGGAGGUGAAUGAGACCUACGGGGACGGAGAUGGGCGCACAGCACUGCAUCUCUCCUGCGCCAUGGCCAACGUGGUCUUCACGCAGCUGCUCAUCUGGGUAAGCCUCGGCAGCCAGGAGUGCAUCGACAUCCUGGUGCAACACGGGUGCCCCAGCGACAGUGCCGUCACCACGCUGACCCCCAGCCUGCCCCGCCGCAACACCAACGCCAACAACAACGCCUGCACCAUGUUGCCAGCUGAGCUCAGCUCCAGCCCCAGUGCUGUCUAG